AUGCAGAGACCAAGUGCCUUUUCCAUAGAUUCUCUAAUUGGGAGCACCCCAGCCCGGCCCGGUCAUGUCCUGUACACAGGAUACUCUAUGUUCAUGCCAUACCGGCCCCUGGUAAUCCCUCAGACUCUUCCACCAUCUCCGUUGCCCCCACUUGGAUCCCACAACUCCUUCACUAGCCGUUUGACUAGUACCUUCUGUGCCAACUUGGGCCAGGGUUUACCAUCUAUGGUGGCACUGACCACUGCUCUGCCCAGCUUCAGGGACCCUGCAGAGAAUUUCUACUCAUCUCGGGAGCUAGUCAGUCCCUGUGGAACAUCAGCUGACUUGGGGGGCGCACAACUGGAACCACUUGAUUCCCAGGAAAAGAGUUCAGAGACACCUGAAUGCAAGGAAAGCUUCACCAAUGUGGCAGGUUAUGGGAAAGUGUACAGUUCUGAUGAGGAAAAGACAGAUGGGAAAGUCUCAGAAACUGGCUGCAGUGACCACGAGGACAGUACUGGGGAGAGCUGUGAUGACAGCCUGCCAGAAGCAGGACAUAGCCCCCAAAGGCCAAAAGGCAAACAUAAGGGUACUAGUCAUGAUUCAGCUGGGAGAAGCUCAGGGACUCCAGGGAAAAGUCGGCGACGUAGGACUGCAUUCACCAGCGAGCAGCUCUUGGAGUUAGAGAAAGAGUUUCACUGUAAAAAGUAUCUCUCCCUCACAGAAAGGUCCCAAAUUGCCCACACGCUUAAGCUGAGCGAAGUCCAAGUAAAAAUUUGGUUCCAGAAUCGCAGGGCUAAGUGGAAACGAAUCAAAGCUGGGAAUGUCAGCACUCGGGCUGGGGAACCUGUCCGAAAUCCCAAAAUUGUGGUUCCUAUCCCAGUCCAUGUAAACCGAUUUACUGUCAGGACACAACAGUUGGAUGCUGGGCGGCCAUGACAAUGGAGGACUUGGAAUGGAGAGAUUUUGAAGAAUGGCCAAUAUUCAGCCUUGGGACAGAUGUGUUGGAGAAAAAGAGGGGACAGCUUAGACAUCCUGGAGUCUGUUUAGGAAGGACACUCAAACUAGGCUUAAUGGGUGACAAAGGACAGAUUAAUAUUGCUGUCCCAUGAUGACAUCCAGUCUAGGUGAUGAAUUCACCAGGACCAUACAUGAAGGCUACCAAUUAG